AUGGCUGACGCUUUGAAAGCAGAAGGCAACAAGGCCUUCUCUGCUAAGGACUACGGUACCGCCGUUGAGAAGUUCACUCAGGCAAUUGCAAUCGAACCCCAGAACCACAUCCUGUACUCCAACCGUUCGGCUGUCUAUGCCGCGCAGUCCGAGUACCAGAAGGCGCUCGACGACGCCGAAAAGGCGACGGAAAUCAAACCCGACUGGUCCAAGGGUUGGAGCCGUAAGGGCGCUGCCGCCCGCGGUCUCGGAGAUCUUUUGUCCGCGCACGACUCCUACGAGGAAGCCCUGAAAUACGAGCCCGGCAACGAGCAAGCCAAGUCCGGCCUGGCCGCCGUCAAGAGGGCCAUCGAUGCUGAAGCCAAGGCUGACGGCGUCACCGGUGACCCCACGGGCGGACUCGGUGGAAUCUUCAACGACCCCCAGCUUUUCCAGAAACUCGCCAGCAACCCCAAGACCUCAUCCCUUCUGGCCGAUGGCGAGUUCAUGUCGAAACUGCAGCGCAUCCAGCAGAACCCCAACAGCGUCGGAGCCGAGCUCCAGGAUCCCCGCUUCCUGCAGGUGAUGAGCGUGUUGCUCGGUAUCGAUAUGAGCUUCGGUGCUCCCCCUGAGGCCGCCGGUGCCGCCGGUGGUGCCGGUGGUGCCUCCGCGGCCCCGGAGGCUGAAGACGAGGAAAUGCCCGAUGUCCGUCCUCCCCCCUCGCAACCCAAGAAGGCGCCCGAGCCUGCCCCCGAGCCCGAGCCCGAGGAUGAAGAAGCCCUCGCCAAGAAGAAGGCGCAGGAGGCCGGAGAUGCCGAGAAGAAGAUUGGAAACGACUUCUACAAGAAGAAGCAGUUCGACGAGGCCAUCGAGCACUACAACAAGGCCUGGGAGCUGAACAAGGAUGUCACCUACCUGAACAACCUUGGAGCCGCCAAGUUCGAGAAGGGUGAUCUGCAGGGCACCAUCGAGACCUGCCAGAAGGCCGUGGAGGAGGGCCGCGAGCACCGGGCCGACUUCAAGGUCAUUGCCAAGUCGUUCGCCCGUAUCGGUACCGCGUAUGACAAGAUGGGCGACCUAACCCAGGCCAUUGAGUAUUACAACAAGUCUCUCAUGGAGCACCGUACCCCCGACGCGCUCUCCAAGCUCCGCGCCGCCGAGAAGGCCAAGGCCACGGCAGAGAAGGAGUCCUACAUCGACCCUACCGAAGCCGAGAAGGCUCGCGAGCUUGGCCAGAAGAAGUUCCAGGAGGCCGACUGGCCCGGUGCCGUCGACGCGUUCACCGAGAUGACCAAGCGCGCCCCUCAGGACCCCCGCGGUUUCUCCAACCGCGCCGCUGCUCUCGUCAAACUUAUGGCUUUCCCCGGGGCCGUUCAGGACUGCGACGAGGCGAUCGCCCGCGAUCCCAAGUUCGUCCGUGCGUACCUGCGCAAGGCCGCGGCCCUCAUGGCCAUGAAGGAGUACAACAAGGCUCUGGAUGUCUGCACCGAAGCCUCGGAACACGACGACGGAUCCUUCACUCGUGAGAUCGAGCAGCAGCAGCAGAAGUGUCUGGACUCUCAGUUCAGCGCUCGCGCGGGUGAGACGGAACAACAGACCAUGGAGCGAAUCCAGAACGACCCUGAUAUCAUGGCUAUUCUCCAGGACCCCGUCAUGCAGAGCAUCCUGCAGCAGGCCAAGACCGACCCUGCCGCUCUGCAGGAGCACAUGAAGAAUGCCCAGGUUCGGAUGAAGAUCCAGAAACUGAUGGCGGCCGGUGUGAUCCGUAUGGGGCGGUAA